AUGCCCAAACACUCCCCGGACGAUGCCGCCUUCCGUCGGUUGGUACAAUUAAUUAAUGAAUGGAAUCAUGAUCAUUAUGAUAUUUUUGCACUCACUCAACCGAAUGAGGACCUUGAAUUUCAUGGGGUUAUGCGAUUUUUCUUUCAAGAUGCUGGUGCCAAAGUUGCAACCAAAUGCAUUCGAGUUGCAAGCACAGCUACUGCGAAAGAAGUUGUGGAUGUCCUGGUUGAGAAAUUUCAUCCGGAUAUGAGGAUGUUGACAAUGAAUGAUUACAAUCUCUAUGAAGUUCAUGUCAAUGGAGAAGAAAGAAAGUUAGCUAAUGAUGAAUGUCCAUUGUUUGUUCAGCUGCAUUGGGGUACUGAUAUGAGGGAGGGACGCUUCUUAUUAAAAUGUGCACAGGAAAUCACCGCUAAGGAUGAAUCUAUUGAGAAUGAGCGAGGAAUUGGUGGUUUUAAACGUAAGUUAUCUAAAAGAGAGAAAAAAGAGAAAAAGAAAAGAGAGAAGGAACGACUGAAGAACAAAGAAAAUCUUAACAAGGACUCAACUCUGGCAGAGAAGCUCUACACGGAUGUUCCAGAGAACAGUUUCACAAGAAGCAUUUCAAAUCCAGAAGCUGUGAUGCGAAGACGGCGCCAACAAAAAGUGGAGAAGCGCUUACAACAAUUUCAAAAUGAAACUGGAUCAGAAUCUGGAGGCAUGCUUAAAAUUCAUGGGGAAGCGCUUAGUCCCAAUGUUCCCUACAAAACUCUUCUUGUUUCUGCAAAUGAUACUGCUAAAUUUGUGGUGGAAGAGACAUUGGAUAAAUAUGGUGUACCCAAAGAGGAGUCCUAUAAAUAUUGUUUAGUUCAGGUGACUGUUCCAAAGGGUGACAGGGAGUAUCAUGGUGGUUCUCUUGGAGAUGAAAAAAUUCUUGAUGAUGAUGAAUGUCCAUUGGCUAUUCAGCUACAGCAUGUUACUGAAAGAGACAGAGUUGUGAUUAAUGAAGAAGGUAGCCUCAUAUUCCAACUUCGAUUGCGGCCUCAAGAUGACAGAAAGAAAGAACGAAUGCGAGCAGCAGUUUCUCAUAAUGACUUGUGUUCCAACCCAGACAAAAGCCCUCCUCAGCAAUACCGAUUACCUUACUUGCUAGAACUCCACAGUGAUGGCAGAGAAAUUAUUGAAGGCAGGAUUCACUAUUUGCAAUCAAAUGUCACUGAAGUUGGAAGUGAGAAAUCUGUAUCUGAAAGUGGCCAGUAUCUACAGUUGUUUGGUCAAAACAUCCUUCCUCAUCACUGUGUCAUUGCACAUAUGGAUGGUUCUGUUACUCUCACACCAACAAAGCCAGAUGCAGAGACGUAUAUUAAUGAUGAGCAUGUCUCAAAAACAACAUUGCUGCAGGAUGGCAUGAUCAUAAGAUUUGGACUUAAUCAUAUUUUCAGAUUUUGUGAUUCCAGAUCCGAUGAGAAUCUUGGUUACCCUCGAGGAUCAGCAUCUCCCAGCCUAAGGCAUCAGCCUGGUCCAUAUGGAGAUAUGAAUGAUGAACAAAACAAACCAUUUGAAACCACUUUCGAACUGAAUGGUCAUGUUGAAACUUUGGAUGAUCAGAAUUUACCACGGGGAUUAUCCAGAGAAGAUUUACACAAAAGUGCCCCAAAUCAUAGUCCACAUAGUCAAGGAAAACAUGGUGCACCAUCUGGAAGACCUGCUGAAGUUUUGCCUGCUAUUCUAGAAUUUCGAGAAGAAGCUGAGGACCAACUUUUAAGAAAAGUCAUUUUAAAUACGAAAUGCAACACUGUUCAAUUUAAACUUGCUCCAACCUAUACUUUAUAUUUGGCCAUACGCCACCGUCUGUCCAAUGCUUAUUACCCUGAGUUGCCACCCCAGGAACGAGCUUUACGGUUAACUAAUUUCAUUAACAAAAUUAGUGGAAUCAUGCAGCAAGCCAUUGAGGAAAGCUAUGAGGAUCCAGCUGCUUUAGCUUUUUUGAUGGCCAAUACUUCAGAAACAUAUAAUUUCAUUAAACAAGAUCAAGAUACUCGUUUGUUUAGCCGUGAUGCGCAAGAGGUCAUGGCAGAGUCUGUUCAAAUGGCUUUCCAUCAUCUGGUUGGCUGUUUACAAUAUGAUCUUCAGCAAACAAUGCCAGCAUUCAUUGAUCCUGAUGAUAGUGUUGAUGAUGAUGAUUUUGGUGUAGCAGAGAAUAUGGGCCGAGGAACUCAGAGAAUGUCACCAACCCUGGGUGAUGUUUUGCGAACACUGUCUGCUGCAAUGAAUCUUCUACGUCGAUGUCGAGUGAAUGCUGCACUCACCAUUCAGCUGUUCUCUCAACUCUUUCACUUCAUAAACAUGUGGUUGUUUAAUAUCCUCAUCCAGAGAUCAAAUCUCAAAUUGUGUACAAGACGAUGGGGAAUCAGGCUGAAGCGUCGGUUGGGGCGUGUUGAAGCUUGGGCAGAGAAGCAAGGACUUGAGCUGGCUGCUGAUUGCCACCUGUGCCGAAUCAUUCAAGCUGCCCACCUUCUUCAGGCUCCAAAAAACAAUUCUGAUGAUAUUGCCAACAUAAGUUCCACUUGCUUCAAGCUGAACUCUCUCCAAGUGCGUGCUCUUUUGCAGCAUUACAUCCCCGAAGAUAAUGAGCCACAUAUUCCCCAGUUGUUGAUUGAUAAAGUGGUAGCAGUCGCUACAAAUAUGGCUGAUGAGUUGGCCCAAUCGGAAGGCAGUGAAAUUCGUUUGGAAGAAGACAAAGAUCUGCAGCUUCCUUUCCUUCUGCCUGAAGAUGGCUAUUCAUGUGAUAUCAUUCGAGGUGUUCCCAAUGGCCUCCCAGAAUAUAUUGACCCUUUUACUCGAGCAGGAAUCUGUCGUUUGAUUCCCCAGCCAAAUUCAAAAGGACUCUGGACUGUCCAUAUGGUAGGACCAGACCAACAGGGACCAAAGCUUAAUGAGUCUCUUUUUUCUAUCUCUCUCUCUUUUUUCUAUCUCUCUCUCUUUUUUCUAUCUCUCUCUCUUUUUUCUAUCUCUCUCUCUUUUUUCUAUCUCUCUCUCUUUUUUCCUAUCUCUCUUCUCUUUUUUCUCUCUCUCUUUUCUUUCUCUCUCUCUUCUCUUUUUAUCUCUCUCUCUCUUCUCUUUCUAUCUCUCUCUCUCUUCUCUUUCUAUCUCUCUCUCUCUUCUCUUUCUAUCUCUCUCUCUCUUCUCUUUCUAUCUCUCUCUCUCUUCUCUUUCUAUCUCUCUCUCUUCUCUUUCUAUCUCUUCUCUUUCUAUCUCUUCUCUUUCUAUCUCUUCUCUUUCUAUCUCUUCUUCUCUCCUCUUCUCUUUCUAUCUCUUUCUCUCUUCUCUUUCUCUCUCUCUCUCUCUUCUCUUUCUCUCUCUCUCUCUUCUCUUUUUCUCUCUCUCUCUCUUCUCUUCUCUUUCUCUCUCUUUUCUCUCUCUCUCUUCUCUUUCUUCUCUCUCUUCUCUUUUCUCUCUCUUCUUCUCUUUCUCUCUCUCUCUCUUCUCUCUCUCUUCUCUUUCUCUCUCUUCUCUCUCUCUCUCUUUCUCUCUCUUCUCUCUUCUCUCUUCUCUCUUCUCUUUCUCUCUCUCUUUCUCUCUUCUCUCUUUCUCUCUUUCUAUCUCUCUCUCUCUUCUCUUUCUCUCUCUCUCUUCUCUUUUCUAUCUUUCUCUUUCUCUCUUUCUCUUUUUCUCUCUCUCUCUCUUUCUCUCUUUCUCUCUUUCUCUUUUUCUCCUUUCUCUUUCUCUUUCUCUCUUUCUCUUUCUCUCUCUUUUUCUCUCUCUUUCUCUCUUUCUCUCUUUCUCUCUCUCCUCUCUUUCUCUCUCUCCUUUCUCUUUCUCUCUCUCUUUCUCUUUCUCUCUAUCCUUUCUCUUUCUCUCUCUAUCCUUUCUCUUUCUCUCUCUAUCCUUUCUCUUUCUCUCUCUAUCCUUUCUCUUUCUCUCUCUAUCCUUUCUCUUUCUCUCUCUAUCCUUUCUCUUUCUCUCUCUAUCCUUUCUCUUUCUCUCUAUCCUUUCUCUUUCUCUCUAUCCUUUCUCUUUCUCUCUAUCCUUUCUCUUUCUCUCUAUCCUUUCUCUUUCUCUCUAUCCUUUCUCUUUCUCUCUAUCCUUUCUCUUUCUCUCUAUCCUUUCUCUUUCUCUCUAUCCUUUCUCUCUAUCCUUUCUCUUUCUCUCUCUCUCUCUCUUUUCUCUUUCUCUCCUUUCUUUUCUCUUUCUCUCUCUCUUUCUUUCUCUCUCCUUUUCUCUUUUUCUCUCUUUCUUUCUUUCUCUCUCCUUUCUCUUUCUCUCUCUCUUUCUCUUUCUCUCUCUCUCUUUCUUUCUCUCUCUCUUUCUCUCUCUCUCUUUCUCUUUUCUCUCUCCUCCUCUUUUCUCUUUCUCUCUCUUUCUCUUUCUAUCUCUUUCUCUCUCUCUAUCUUUUCUCUUUCUCUCUCUCUUUCUCUUUCUCUCCUUUCUCUUUCUCUUUCUCUCAAUUUCAAGAUGAAGCUUCAUCCCAAGGAUGUUGCAUCUCCUCACCCAGGCCAAGGAUCUCGUCCAGAAGAACUACCAAAAGAACCAGAAAUUGUUGAGGUCAGUUUUGAAAAAGUGAAAGGAAGUAUUGGACUCAGCAUUGUAGCAGCAAAAACAAAAGAUCCAGAUUAUGAUAUUGAAAAGGGUGAUGGUCAGAUGUCACGAGGAAUUUACAUCAAAUCUGUUGUUCCUGGAGGUGCUGCAGCUUUGGAUGGUAGACUUCAGGCUGGGGAUCAAUUGCUAGAAGUGGAUGGCCGUAGUCUGGUUGGGCUAAGCCAGGAAAAGGCAGCAAAUCUGAUGACAAAAACUGGCAAUGUAGUUUGCUUGAAAGUUUCUAAACAAGGUGCCAUUUACCAUGGUUUAGCCACAUUACUCAGCCAACCAUCUCCUACGAUGCAAAGAGCCAAUGGACCAAAGAAGACUGCUCUUAUGCAGCAAGAAGCUUCAAUGAAAACCCAUCCUCGUAGUGAAGAAAAUCUCUUCAAUGGUCCUGCCAGAGAAAGUGAACGACCACAGAGUAGACCCAAGCCAGAUUUUCGUGAUAAUAGCUUGCCUCGCCAACAACCCCUCAUGAAUGAGUCUCGACCUCCAUAUUCACAUCCAGGUCCUCAAUCUUCUCCCUCCCCAAAUAGUGAAGGACCUGGACCAAAUCCUCGAAACAACACGAGAUAUGCUCCUAACAGUCAACCAUCUGCAAACUUUCCACAUCCUGAUCCCUACAGAACUCCACCACAUUUAAACAACCAACACUCACCACGUGGAGAAGAUCCCAGAUCAAGAUCAACAUCAAAUUUACGCCAAGAAGAAAUGGCUAUGUAUCAGAAGCCUCUGUCUCCACAACAGAAUGUGCAUGGUACCAUCUCAGCCAAUGCUCGGAAUUCUUCUCCCAGUGCCAACAUUCCUGGUGAUGACUACAGGAUGGUUGCCAACAAAAGAUCACCACCCCAUCGCCAACCACAGCCAGAACCAACUCCUCCACAACAGUCGAUUACAUUGCAACCUUACACGAAUGGCAAUGCAAGGCAGGUCUAUGACCAGCAUCCACCAUACAUCAGUCUUGAUUCUUCACGCUAUGCUGGACCAAUGCAGAGACCAUUAGAUCAAGAUCCCAAAAUGGUUGAAAGUAACAGAUACAUUGAGCAACAUCCAAGAGGACAAGAAAAUGUCAGACAUAUGAACUAUAACAAAUCAGAACCUGGAAGAUACCAACAUUCAGGAACAGAGCCCCAACGAAAUAAUUACAGUCAUCCAGACAGAGGCAGUAACUACACUCCAAGCCCAAUUCCAUCUUACCAACAGAAACCAAUGACAAAUCAUCCAUCAGCAAUGAAUCAAUCGCCAGCAUCCAGUCUGCCCAAAGAUGACUAUCCUUAUUCCAUGGCAACUUCGUCUGGUUCACAUGAUCGACCAGAAUUUAGUAAUGGACAGUUACGCCCCCAUUCGGAUGACAUUAGUGCUGAUAAAGUUCGUGAAUGGCAAGCAAAGCAUGAUGUAGACUAUUCAAAUAAUUCCUAUAACAGUUCUGGAACCUUGGAGCAGCCAAAGUAUCCGCCGUAUAUGGAAUCUCCUGAACAGAAGUCUGUCACUUCCCACUAUGCAAAGAUUUCAGCAGAAUCUCGAGAAAUUAAUAAUGAUAUACCAAAAGCAUCGGUCAAUAACCAGGCUCGUCAGCAACACUUUUAUGAGAAAACAAAGCAGAGGAUCCAAGAACCAGCCCCACCAUUUCACCAACUACAGCGACCAGGAGAGCAAGAAGCUAUGAAAAAGCCUGCAGUUCCACCUAAAACUGUCAGCCUGAAAUCUGUUGACAAGGGACCCCCAAUAAAUGAUAUACCUAGGGUAAAUGUCCAUGAUAAUCGUCCAAUUCAGCCGCAGCCACAAAUUCCAGCACAGAAUAUUUACAAUGUCCGUUAUGCUCAGCAACAGAAACAUGUUCAGUCUCUACCGAUGAUGGCACCACAAACAGCUGAGAAAUUCAAAGGUCCUGACAUGACAGAAAGAAGAGAAAAACUUGGUUUGCCAGAGCUGGAUCAUUCGGAUCUUCCGCCCCCUCCUGAAAUUCCACCAGAUCUUCCCCCUCCCCCUGCACCUGAAGACCUACAAGAGAUGCUGCCACCACCUCAAGAUUUCAGAGUUGCUUAUCAUUCAGAAAACCAAAACUGGCAGCAGGCAAACCGCAGGUAUAAUAGUCCUAAUGAUUUUGGUCCUUCAACACAAAACUAUAAGUUAGGAAAUCUUGGUCAGAGAGGUCCAGAGUACACAGAAAGCUACAGACCUACACUGCCACCUCCAGAUCAAAAUAAUUACAAAGGGUACCCUGCUCAAAUAAAUAAUUAUGAAGGUCACUCGUAUGAGAGAAGAUCAACUGAAACCCAAGGAUCACCUGGCUACCAACUUGUUUCAAAUUCUCGUCAUGAAGUUGAUUCAGACCAGGACCAGAGGAUGUUAUACCCACAGCCGAAUGUGUCUCCACCACAGCCACCUGUCAAUUUAUCUGGUGCCAGUGUCUGGGAGCGGGAGGAGAAAACUAAAAUCAUCAAACAAGAGGAAAUUAAUAUGAAUCGGAUCCGGGAAACUGAGAUUCGGAAACUUUCGGAGAAGAAAUAUCGCUCACCCCAGGAGGAAGAUCGAUUGAAAAAGUUGUGUUUAGAGGAUGAAUUCCAACGUAGAGUGCAAGAAGUUGGAGACGAUGAGGAGGACAAUGAAUCUGAACCUGAAAUCACCCCCUACAGGCAACAAAGCCAAGAAUGGCUGAUCAAAAAUAUUCAGGAAGAUCUUCAGAAAACACUUAACAGACUUCGGGAAAUUGAUGAGAACAGAGCAUCUGAAGAAUACAAGAAAGAAACUGAAAGAAUGCAACGUUUACGACAAAGAUUGGAAAUUUUCGAAAAAGAGCGGGAUGAUGAUCGAAAGCGACUUCAAAGACGUCAGCAGCAGAAAAUUCUGGAACAAGAACAGCAUCUUCAAAAACAAAGGGAGUUGAGAGAGAAGCAACGGCGAGAUUUUGAAGAACAACGAAAAAUUCACUUAAUGGAAGAAGAGAAAAUGCGAGAACGUAAAAUGGAAGAUUUAAGAAGAAAAAAGGAAUUAGAGCGAGAACAAAUCCAAGCUGCACGGGAAGCCGAGGAAGAAAUUCGACGGCGAAAUGAAGAGAAAAAGCUGCAAGAACAACAAAUGCGUCCAGGAAAUCGAUACAAUGAUUUGCCUACCACUGACUACAAUUCCAUCAACAAUUAUAAUUCUGCAUAUCUAGAUUAUGGGCCAAGCAUGUCAUUUCCCCCUCCUCCACCAGCAGACAAGUUGUUCCAAUCAGCUCCUCAACCUCCAGAAAGGGGCUCUUCAUAUGAAACUCUAAAUCAGUACCAAAUACGAGGGGGAAUAAAGCUUGCUCAAGACCAAGGUUUAAACGAUAUUCCAGCAUAUAAUAAUGUUGGCCGAAGUACCAGUACAUCGGCUCUGCGUAGUAACCCUGAUGUCACUGCACCCAAAAAGUCUGUUUCCUUCAACACACAACUGGAAACUCGGAUCAACCCAUCUUUCUCGUCGUACCCUUCAUCGUCCAGCUCACAUGCUUCAGAUCAGUAUAACCCCACAAACUCAUCUUACCACGAAAAUGAUGACAUGCUAGCCUCUCCAACAACGCCGACCAGUGAUGUGUUUGAUGUGAGCCAACCACAGACUCCAACCUCUCCACCACCAGUGACCCAUCCCAAGCCAACUGAGGUUCCUUCCGUAGCAUUCUAG